AAUAGAUGGGACAUUUCAGGAGGCGAUUAUUGUCAGCCCUUUGUUUACUACAGUGUUGUGAAAUUGUUCAAAAACGAUGUGCUAAACUUUUACGUUUAAACGUAAAAGCAGAUGUGAACAUUGUUAGGCAAAAUGCAGACAACGGAUUUUUUUGUAGUUUGCAUUUGGUAAAGAAAAGUUUCACAUUCAAACGAGGCAGUGAGAACCAACAAGCUUAAACUUUAAAAGUUAAUGGUUACAGAAAGGCAUGUAUAAAAAAAAAUGUAUAAAAAAAAGUAUUUCAACAAAGAAAUGGAAAAUGUUUCUGAGGUAAUAUAGCCUAUUGUUUCACACACGUGCACAUCAGCUACAGUUUAAAGACGGCGAAAUAACUUUUUUUGUGUGUGAUUGGCUACAUGUCAUAUUAAAAUGGCAACAUUAUUUUCCCGACAGAUAUAAGUAGCGAGUAAAGAAAAAUGUAAGUUGAUUCAUUUCAAAUAAUGAUCAUGAUUUAAAGAGGACUGUAUGUGUUUUAUGAGAACACGCCCCACUUCUCGCGACACUUUGUACCGCCCAAACUAUUAGCGGACGAUUUAAAGGUUUGUUGCGGGAACGCGACCCAUUGUUACCAUCACCUAAAGAACAGCCCGUCGUAGCCUACUACCGCGACCUGUGAAUUACCAGCUCUAAAAUGGCUGCCAAACUUAACGUUGACGAGGCUCGAAACGGUGAAGAAAACACAACUCCUGUUGACGUGGCUUGUCUUCUAACAAAUUGCGAAGAGGAUACAACUCAAAGUCAGCUUGUUACACCAUCGUCAUGCACACCUGAUAAAACAGAAGCCCUGGAUAACUUCAUAACAGAGGUAUCGUUGCCUUUGAGUGCCAGUAACAGUGGGUCUGAGCCCUGUGACGGAGGUGUAGCGGAGACCCAGAGUCUUGAGCUCAAGUCUGACGAAUGCAGCGCGUCCACCUUGAGAUGUGGGGAAAAGCGGGAGAGGGAAUCAGAAGACCCCUCUGAUGUUCCUGUGAAACGGCGUUUGAGACCAUCGGAGGAGAGCAGGAAAGAAUUUCUACCAGACUACGAUGUGAGAUGUGCCGAGCUGUGGAUCGAUGGUGAAAUGGCUGCUUGUGAGGCUUAUGAGUUAUCAAAAUCCAGCAGCAACACCCAACGCCAACAUGCUGUUCGACAACAAGGCAAUAGUAGUUCUACCAGUCGGCCUCUCACCCAGAGCGACAUUUUACGUCUCAUCCGAAUCGAAGUGGCAGCCUGUUAUCAACCCAUCGCAAAGAUGCUUCGUUUGAGUAUGGAGCGGAGCAGAGCUGAUUUCGCGGAGGUGAUAAGUAGACUUGAUUCAAUGCAAAGGGAUACCAGAGAGUUGUUUAAUGAAAUCCGUAAUAUGCGAGCGGAUGGAAGACUGGCGUUAGAUGCAAUCUCUCUUAUGAAUGAAAGAAUGAGCGUCAUUCAGAGGUUUGCUGUGGACUUGCAUCGAGUGUUGACUACUAGAAAAUAAGGGGUCUGUUUAUUAUGGCAUACUGAUUUGCGUUCAAGCCUAUUUUUGCAAAACAGUUUUUCCUUUUUUCAUAUAUUUGUAUUGACGAGUGAUUUUUUUAAAAACAAAAUUUUUUAUGUUGUGCAUGCUUUUUAUUGUAUAAUUUUCUUGUGUUAUUUUAGUAGUUUUUAAAUAAAUAGUUUCAAAAUGGCCCCUAAAAGAUGUCACAGUGAUUUACAUGACAGCCAACCAGAUACUGCGCAAGAUAUUAUAUUUUUUAUGAUUUUUUUUUAUUUUUUAAAGCAUAUACAUCAAAAUAUUUUAAUCUAGAUAAUAUACUGUAUUCUACCUAAGACUUGUGUGUGCAGUGAAUUGGAUUGUUUUAUUUUAUGCACUGAUAAGCUACAACAUUGAAACUAUAGACAGUUGAAGUGAAUAACAUUGAUUCUGUCAUGUAUUAGGCAGCAAGUGAACAGUCAGAUCUUGACUUUCAUGUGCUGGAAGCAGAAAAAUGGCUUAACAAACACACACUUAAAAAUAAAUAUGCUUUAAAAGGUUCUUCACAGCGAUGCCAUAGAAGAACUGUUUUUGGUUCCACAAAGAACCAUUCAGUCAAAGGUUGUUUAAAGAACCAUCUCUUUCUUACCUUUUAUAUAAUCUGAAGAACCUUCUUUCGCCACAAAGAACCUUUUGUGAAACUGAAAGGUUCUUCAGAUGUUAAAGUUUCUUUAUGGGACCAUUUAGACUAAAAGGUUCUUCUGUGGCAUCGUGAAGCACCUUUAUUUUUAAGAGUGCAUAUAAGUGACAAGGGCCAUGGCUAGACAAUUGGGUCUCCAAAACAAGUCCAUAAGCAGGGAUGGGCAGUAUUUAUGAUACAUGUAUUUCAAAUAUAAAAUAGGAUUUUGUAAUUUGAUAGGGUUGAUGAAAAUGGCUUCAUAUUUUGUAUCAAAAUACUAUAGUGUUUUGUAUUUUUGUAGUGUUUUUUAAAAUACUGUAAAAUACUUUGUAAGAAGUCUAAAUGAUGACAUCAUAAAAA